AUGCCAAGUGUCUCCCCGCAAGACCUUUGGCCGUCUACUAGAAUGCAUCAUCCUGAAGGUGACGCGGCGAGCUGGAUGAAAUACGAACAUAUUGACAUUGGCGUUGGUGGGGCUGAUGGUGACCCACACAAAAGUGAUUGGGUAAUAUAUGCACAACUACUGAAAAACACUAGAAGUCCUGAAUCGACCCAGCCAGUGGAUCAAAAAUCAAAACUAAUACGGAUAGUGGGGGACCCACCGGAGCGAGCAAACAAAGAAGACGAUUCUAGGGGAGGCGGGAAUCUGCUCGGCAUCGAGGUCAUAAUAUUCAAGCAUAAAUACGUGUUCGGACCUCCAAGCGUGCCUCGUAGUGUACUUCGUUCGCCUUCGGAACACGGCGGGUUCCCUCCUUUGAGGGAGGCACCAGUUCCCGUGCACGGCUAUGACAUCCUUCCGGCUUCGUGGGCAAAGUCGUCUACCCUUGACGCAUGGGUGUGUGCGCUUGGUAGCGAACAACAGAUUUUUGGACUAAAUUGCAACGAGGUAAUUUCUCCUCAGCCGCUAGGCGUUGCGUCAACCAACUUGAACGUGAUCGAGUGCUGUCCCCCCCUCGAGCAAUACUCACAAUUGUAUUUUGGCUCAAUACUCAGCGAGAGCUAUCGCAGUCGAUUCGAUUUACCUGCAGCACGCAUAGAAGCCUUGUUAAGGUUAGGCUUUCUGUUCAUGGUGUCCGGUGCAUUUUCUUCUCCAAUGAUUCCAAAACAAAUCAGAUUCAACGCCUGGCUUGCUGGUCUUGAUGGUGAACCCUUCUACCACGUACACAACGUCUUCGCCUGUGCGACCAACACGCCAUCUUGUCCAAAUCAAGUGACCGAUGAACCGCAACGCAUGUCAUUACUGCACGGUAGGCACUAUACCAUGCCUCAUUACGGCUAA